GCCCAUUAGCCCACUCAAUUUGUUUCCUAACAUAAACCUAUCCGAAAUCUUCCUCCGAUCCGAUCUCCGAGAAGACGAAAACAGGCACAUUAGUGACGGCUGCGGCCAGGAUGCAUUCUCAUCAUCAAGGGCGAGAUUCGGUCUGUUCCUAACUUGAAUCUGGUCGGAUCUCUGCGGUUCCUAGCUUGAAGCUUGUCGGAUCUUAGCUUAAAGUUUGUCGGAUCUUAGCUUGAAGCUUGUCGGAUCUUCGGAAUCUGGUCGGAACUCGGCGGUUCUUAGCUUGAAGCUGGUCGAAUCUCUGCGGGUUUAGCAUGAGUGAUACUGUGAUGAUGGUUGAUGAUGGAGCAAAGUCAAAGGAGGAUGGAUGUAGUAGUAAUGAUAACGACAAGAAGAUGAAUCUUGAAGAAACAUGGACCAAUAUGGUUAUGAGAAAGCUUCUUCGUCCAACAAGGUACUUCGACCCUCCCGAUGAAGCUGGUUCAAUGACUGAUUCUUCUUGUGAUAGCUGUGAGGAGCAGGAAGAUACAACGCCUCCUAGGAAGCGUUGCUUUCUAUGCGCUAGUUUCGAACAUGUUGGUGAACAGUGUUCAAUGGGACACGACUCUUGUCCUAACGACGGGUCCAUUUGUCUGAAAUGCGGAGGCAUGGGACAUGAUAUGUCUUUGUGCAAGUACGAAUACACUGAGGAUGAUCUUAAGGAUGUACAGUGUUAUGUUUGUAAAGGCUUUGGCCACAUGUGUUGUGUGGGGGCUUGUGAUUCACUCUCGUGGGCUGUGUCUUGUUACAAAUGUGGUAGACUGGGUCAUGUUGGACUAGGGUGUGGUAGACACUACGAGGAACCCCCCACGUGUUGGGGGAAAAGGGAUUGCUCAAGUAGGGAUAGCUCAAGUAGAUUAGCUGCGAAGAAAAGGAGACGUCUUGAGAAGGCUCUGGCUACUUCUGCGGCUAUUAGGGAAAGGCUUGAGAAGAAGAAGCAGAUGAAACUGGAAGAAGAACAAGAGCGGCAUUCUACUCUUGAUGAAUCUAAUGGGAAGAUGGAGAAGAAUGGUGGAAACUUUGAAAAGGGUUCUACUUCCCACGAAUCUAAUGGGAAAAAGAAUGAUGGAAACUUGGAACAACAUUCUACUCUUGAUGAAUCAAAUGGGAAGACGAAGAAGGAUAAGGUUACUAAAGAGGAAGAUGAACGGCCCUAUAUACCAGAGAAAUCAAAUGAGAAGAUCUGUUGGAUAACAGAGGAUUUGGUCGUUGGACAGCAUCAGGAGGCUGAGUUCUCCCAUUAA